CGGAGCGUCCCGGCUGCGACUUUCUCUCAGCCUCUUUGAAGAAGCAAUGAGGAGAAGGGAGCCGGCUGGUACCAGGACGUCUGGGAUGCACUAACACCCGUUUGUUUUCUAGUGGGAUCAUAUUUGUAUAUUUCUCGGGAAAACAAACAAUACAUUGCGGAUUUGGCAUAUCCAUCAAUCGGAUGCAAGCAGAGCCAGGCCCAACUUAACAAUGGGCCCCAUACCCCUGUGUGUCCUGCUCCCGGUCACAGUGCUGGCUGUGGUGGUGGCUGUUGCUGCUGAGGAGAACGCAGUCGACGAUGAGUAUACCUGGCCGCAAUGGAAGGUGCCUCUGGUAAGAAAAAGGCGCACUGUGCCUCUCAGCAGCCCAAACUUCUCAGCCCGUCCUCAGCCGGAGCUGAGUGGGACCUGUGGGAUUGAGUGUCAGCGUCGCCUCCCCGCCAGUUCUCUGGAUGACCUGGAGCAGUUCCUGUCCUAUGAGACGGUUUAUGAGAAUGGUACACGCACGUACACUUCAGUGUCUGUGCAGGGCCUCAACGAGGUGAAUGCCUGGUCCAGAAACAUCUCGUCUAGCUCCCGCCACAAGCGAGAGGUGUACGGCACAGAUACUCGCUUCACCAUCUCUGAUAAGCAGUUUUCCACCAAAUAUCCCUUCUCCACCUCUGUGAAGAUCUCCACAGGAUGCUCUGGGGUUCUUGUGUCACCUAAACAUGUCCUGACCGCUGCCCACUGUAUCCAUGACGGGAAGGAUUAUCUAGAUGGGGUGCAGAAGCUGCGUGUUGGUAUUCUGAAAGAAAAGUCCAGACGAGGGAAAGGAGGCAAAGGGAGAGGAGGGAGAGGAAAGGGCAAAAGGAGAAAGGGAGACAAAGAUAAAGAGGAAGUGCAGGAAAAGGAAGAGAAUGAUGGGAAAGGGGACCGUAAAGGAAAAGGAAAAGGUAGAAAGAGCCGGAGUCGGCGAAGUGUGGAAUCAGAGAAACCUUCGUUUAGGUGGACCAGGGUCAAGCAGACCCAGGUGCCUAAGGGCUGGUUCAAAGGUGUGUCUGAUGGACUGGCUGCGGAUUAUGACUAUGCUGUUCUGGAGCUGAAGAAAGCCCCAAAAGUCAAGCACAUGGAUCUGGGUGUUAUCCCCUCACUCAAGAAGCUCCCUGCCGGAAGGAUCCACUUCUCUGGCUUUGAUGAUGACCGGCCUGGCAACCUGGUGUACCGGUUCUGCUCCGUCUCUGAGGAGUCCAAUGAUUUGUUGUACCAAUACUGCGAUGCCAAACCUGGUUCCAGUGGCUCUGGGGUCUACAUUCGCCUGAAAGAGCCAGGCAAGAAGAAGUGGAAGAGGAAGAUCAUUGGGGUUUUCUCCGGUCACCAGUGGGUGGAUGUAAACGGGGACGGGACGCAGCAGGAUUACAACGUGGCGGUGAGGAUAACACCUCUCAAAUAUGCCCAGAUCUGCUACUGGGUCCACGGGGACUCGAGUGAGUGCCAGGUAGCCUAAGACAACACAGGAUCCUCCAUUAACCACCACCCCCUUCCAUUCCCACCUCUAUUCAAGGGAAACCAUACCUACUACCCUCACCCUUCUGUCAUUCCCAACCAGGGGCCCAACUACUGCCUCUAGUCCUUCUGCCUCCCUGUUACCUCCUCUGCCUCCCAGUGACUUCUGCUACACUGAUCUCCAUACACACACAUACACCCACACACACUCAACCCACAAACAGCCAUACAGACUCGGUGUUGACAACAGGAACUCGUCAGCGCAUCCAGAGAACUGUGGCUCGUCAGCUUUUCUAAUUUAUUUGCUAAAAAAAAACAACUGAGAAAAAAAUAUGUAUUGUUUUUAUUUACAGAUCGUUCUGAUCUGAGUUUUGCUUUUUUAUUUUAUUUUUUUCAAAGAUUUGACCUUUUUAGAUAUAAUGUUGGAAAACGUGUUUAUUCAGAUAUUUGGGAGCAAAGUCCUGGUACAUUGGCCUUAUAUUCCAAUCAGGCUUUGUAUGGAGAGACUUGCAUUGUUCUCCACCACUGUAAAGAAGAGUGCGUGCAUUGGCUUUGACAAAAGACCCAGGAGAAAUUAAUGUAACUUGUUUCACAAAUGAACUAUAUAGAGAUAUUGAGAUAACUGUUUUUAUAAACAUUUUAAUUGAACAAGCUGGUGUUUUGCAUUGUGUAUAUCUAGAACUUGUUUUUUUUUUUUUACAACUACCUUUUUAAAAAAAGACUAUUUUUCUGUCUGAAUAGAGAAAGGGUCCUUAAGGAUCCUGGAUAGAAGAUUUUUCUGACUUGUGAGUCUCACCAUCUUUUCUCUGUUCUUGCAACACAGUGAAAUGUGGUUUCACUGUUGUGCACAUAAUUAUAUCGGUGCUUAUCCAGAAGACAUGGUGCUAAUUUAUGGAAUUGUAAACUUUUUGGGGAGGAGUGGGGGGGGGGGGCUCAGAAUAUAUUUUGAUAGCCUAGUACUGUAACUAUGUCUUUAAUGUGAGGCUACAUAUUUGGGUUGGGUUAAGAUGGGACUGAACCAUUUAACAAUUUACUUGAGCUGUUAAAAUGCGACAAAAGCAAUAUUGUUAUAUAAUAACAAAUUUUAAUCUGGGAUGUGAUAUUUUUUACUUUUAUUGUUGUUUAUGUUCCUUUUGAAUACCAAAUACCUAAAAUGAAUGAUGCCGAUUGAAGACUACCAACCAUUAAACCAAGAUUACUA